AUGGCCGACCCAGUAUCUCUCGUCACCGGCCUUGUGCCGCUUAUGGUCACCGCUAUCAGUGCCUAUAGUGCAAUAUAUGCUCAGUUCAAAACCUAUCGCCAAUACUCAAGAGUUUUGCUCCGCUUAAAUCGGCAAUUUGAAACCCAGCAUCGCCUUUUCCUUAACGAAUGCCACUUUCUACUACGAAUGGUUGUUAGCGACGAAGGCACUAUCCGAGCUAUGCUCGCCAAUUCGCAACAUACUAAGUGGACUGGCGUGCAUAUCAACCAGCAAUGGAAAACGUGUCUAGACAAGAAUUAUGAUACUUGUUUAAGAAUCGUGGAGGAGAUCGAUGAAAAACUGACAGAACUAAGCACGGAACUGAGUCGGUUUGACUCCAUUCCAGCACAACGGCAGGAUAUAACUACACAAGCUAGGUUAAACCGGAUACAAUCGGCCAUUAAGAUGUCAUUCAAGAAGUCCGGGUAUGAACAACUGAUCGAGGCUCUGCGUAUGGCCAAUGCGGAUUUGCAAAUACUACGCAAACAUCUCAAAGAAUUCCAGAAACCUCCACGCUAUCAAGACAGUGCUUCGAUAAGCCGAAGAAAAAAGCGACGUCGCGAAGAGUGUACUCAGUAUGAAUCCAUCAGACAUGUCUCUCGAGCGCUGCACGAAGCGCUGACAACAUCGUGGUCCUGUUCCCAAACCACUCAUCUUGCUCAUUAUGCGAAGUUGUUACUGGAUGUUUCGGUCAACCCCCAAGUCCAUCUAGAUUUGUUGAUAUUAUCUGACCGUAGCCCUCCACAAAUAAGACUUGAAAAUUUGGUGCGCUUGUCAGUUCGUUCGUAUAGCCAGGCAUACGAAGCUCCCGAAUCCUUUGUUCCAACUCCAGCAAGUGCAGCAGAGGACCAAGAAAUGAUAACUGGAGAGUCCUCACACCGUCCAACAGAACAAGCUAUCGAGCGAGCUGGGAAAACCCGUAAACUGUUCUUGACAGAUGAUAUUUCUGUCAGGUCUCUUGAAGAGACAAUGCCGCAGUGGCGUGACUACGUGGAUCUUCGCAGCUCGUCGGAUAUUUGCUCUGCUCUGGCCCGGCCGGCACGACCAUAUCAGGAGCUACAAGGAGAAGAAACCUGUAUUGGAUAUAUUGACACAACCGCCGAGAAAUACCGCCACCUUUUCUUCUCCGGAAACACUCAAAAGAGCGAGUCAGUUCAAGUAAAAUCCCAAGGCGAGCUGGCACCUGUGUAUGAGUUGUUGAGCCAGCCUCUGGAUAAUACUCUGACAGUAGUGGAUCAACUGAAGCUAGUGCGUACUUUAGUUUCAGCAAUGUUACAGUUUCAUGCCACUCCUUGGCUGAAUGAAUACUGGGGAUUGCAGGAUAUUGGCUUUUUCCGAUGUGGUGAUGAGUUCUCAGAUGCUUCUCUACGGUCCCUGCAUGUCACGACGGGAUUUUCCUCGGAGAGCCAUGAUGAUCAAGUCUGUAUUGACGCAACAGAAGAUUAUCCUAAGCUCAAUAUGUCCACGGUCAUUGAAGAUGCUAAAUUCCAAUAUGGCAUCCGCAACUUGCCAUUGUACUGUCUAGGGGUCGUCCUACUGCAGAUUGGACAUUGGGCGCUCGUUGAUGGUGGAGAUAUUGGCCGAAUUCGAAGACUUGCAGUCCAGUCAUGUAGACUCGGGCCUAGGUACAAGAACAUCGCACAAAGAUGCCUCGAUUGCGACUUUGGGUUUGGGAAUGACCUUUGCACGCCCCAGCUCCAACAAGCCGUACAAAGCAGCGUCUUGGACGAACUCACCGAUAUGAUUGAUAGUCUUGAUAUUAGCAAGAACUGA